CCUCCAAAGUGGUGAUAGCGUCAGGUGGCAAUGCUGGCAUGGCGGUGGCGUAUGGCGCGCGGCAGCUGGGAAUGGAGUGUGUGGUGGUUAUCUCAAACAACGUUCCACAUCACAUGGCCGAGAAGCUGCAGCUAGAAGGGGCGCGCGUCGAGGUACGAGGUAACAGUUGGGACGACGCUGACGUGCGAGCGAGAGAAAUCGUCGCAAAAGAAGGCGGAUAUUACUGCCACCCAUUCGACAAUCCGCUGAUAUGGACGGGCAAUGCAACCAUGGUGGCGGAGAUGAAGGAGGACCUGGGUGAUCGUAUUCCCGCUGCCAUUGUCGCCUCGGUUGGUGGCGGCGGUCUGGUCUGCGGCCUGUCGGAGGGCAUGAAGUCGGCCGCAUGGGCUGACGUGCCUAUCAUCGCUGUUGAGACGCGAGGUGCUGAUUCCUUCCGCGCCUCACUGCGCGCCGGCAACCAGGUGACGUUGCCGAAGAUAACCAGCAUCGCAGCAGCACUGGCCGUACGCAAGGUGUGCACACGGAUUCUGGAGGUGUACCGGGAGCGAAGCAUCUUCUCAAUGGUGCUAUCCGACCGCCUGGCCGUCAAUGCGUGCAACCGAUUCGCCGAUGACCACCGCGCGCUGGUGGAACCGGCGUGCGGCGCAUCGCUCGCCGCAGUGUACUCGAAACGGGCGACCGAGAUGCGCCGCCAGAAAAAGCUUGAUCCGUCGCGACCCCUGGUGGUCGUCGUGUGUGGCGGCAGUGCUGCCUCCCGAAAGCAGCUCGAAGAGUGGACUAACCAGGUUUCCUCCACUGGUGCUGCCAGUCCACUCGACCACUCCGGCAUCGACUGAGUUAUUUUGCAAACCACGACAAAUUCGUGGCCUUUCGGUGAAAUUGUGCAGUGGCUACGCGCCUUACCGC